GAUCAAUGCAUCCUUCUAAUCCUGAGGAACCUUCUGAUAAAUCCCAUACUAUGACUUCAGAUGUCCAUCUAAGAUCUUACAGAUCAACAGAUCCAUCCGAUCUCCAGAUAUCAUCUUUAAGCCAUGAGGAAGCUCACACAGAUAGAAGCUCAUUGUCAUGUUUGGUGUGCGGGAAAACAUUCGCUAAGAAAAAAUAUCUUCUUGAGCACCAGAAAUCUCACAAGAUUAAGCGUUCUUAUUCAUGUUCAGAGUGCGGGAAAUGUUAUACUAGGAAAGGAAGCCUCGCUGUACACCAGAGAACUCACACGGGUGAGCGUCCCUUUUGUUGCUCAGAGUGUGGAAGAUGUUUUCCUAACAAAAAAAACCUUGUUAUACACCAGAGAAUUCAUACUGGUGUGCGUCCCUUUUCCUGCUUAGAGUGCGGAAAAUGUUUUUCUGACAACGGACAGCUUAAGAAACAUCGAAAAACUCACACUGGUGAAUUCCCUUAUUCAUGUUCAGAGUGCGGAAAACGUUUUCGUAACAAAGACAAUCUCCUUGUACACCAGAGAACUCACACAGGUGUGCGACCCUUUUGCUGUUCAGAGUGCGGAAAAUGUUUUUCUGAACAAGGAAACCUUCGUAAACACCAGAGAAUUCAUACAGGUGAGCGUCCCUUUUCAUGUGCAGAGUGCGGAAAAUGUUUUUCUGACCAAGGAAACCUUCGUAAACAUGAAAGAAAUCACACUGGUGACCGUCCCCAUUCAUGUUCGGAGUGUGGAAAAAGUUUUCCCAGGAAGGAAUACCUUAUCGUACACCAGAGAAUUCACUCAGGUGAGCGUCCCUAUUCGUGUUCCGAGUGCGGGAAAUGUUUCAUUAAUAAAGGAGAACUCGUUGAUCACCAGAGAAUUCACUCAGGUGAGAGUCCUUAUCCAUGUUCAGAGUGCGGGAAAUGUUUCAACAGAAAAGGACGCCUCGUUAGACAUCAGAGAAUUCAUACAGGUGAGCGCCCUUAUUCAUGUUCAGAGUGCGGGAAAGGUUUUAGUGCCAAUGAUUCCCUUGUUAGACACCAGAAGAUUCACUCUGACGAGCGUCCCUAUUCAUGUUCAGAGUGCGGGAAAUCUUUCGCUUGUAAAGGAGAACUUGUUACUCAUCAGAGAGUUCACUUAGUCGAGCGUCCUUAUUCAUGUUCAGAGUGUGGGAAAUCUUUCACUCAGAAAGGAAAACUUGUUACUCACCAGAGAACUCAUUCAGAUGAGCGUCCUUAUUCAUGUUCAGAGUGCUGGAAAUGUUUCAACCAAAAAGAAAGCCUCGUUAGACACCAGAGAAUUCAUAAUAACGGUGAGCGUCCUUAUUCGUGUUCAGAGUGCGGGAAAUCUUUCACUCAUAAAGGAAAACUUGCUUCUCACCAGAAAAUUCACUCAGGUGAGCGCCCUUAUUCGUGUUCAGAGUGCGGGAAAUGUUUCGCUACCAAAGGAACCCUUGCUUCUCACCGGAGAACUCACACAGGUGAGCGUCCCUAUUUAUGUACGGAGUGCGGGAAAUGUUUCACUGUGAAACGCUCCCUUCUUGCACACAUGAAGAGACACAGCUAAGAGCAUCCGGACAACUUUCAGAUUGUGGUAGAUAUUGUACAGAUCACGUAAGUCUAAUUGGAGUGAAGACGUCCCUGACGUGUUUCGUCAAAUGUACAAUGGCCUUUAUCAGGUGGAACUGUUCAGUCCAUAGAACACCUGGAGGAUAAUAAAUGAUUAUAUAAUGGGGGACAUCCUGGGAAAAGCCAUGUUUCAUUUAUAAGUGGAGCUUAUCAGGCUGAGUCUUCUGUUGGCUUCUUCUGUUUCUUGGAGACUUCAAAUGGUGGGAUGAGUCUGAUAUAGGUUUCGCCACCAUGUUACGGUAUUCCCACUUUUGUUUUUCUAUUGUUAGUUUUCCAAAACCAGAGAAUCUGACCAACGUUUAUACUGUGAUAAAUGUUGUACAGAUCACAUAAGUCUAAUCGGAGAGAAGACAUCCUGUGACGCGUUUCGUCAAAUGGACGAUUUAUUUUAUCAGGUGGAACUGUUCAGUCCAUAGAACAUAUGGAGGAUAAUAAAUGAUUAUACAAUGGGGGACAUCCUGGCAAAAGCCAUGUUUCAUUUAUAGGUGGAGCUUAUCAUGUCUUCUGUUGGCUUCUUUUGUUUCUUGGAGACUCCAAAUGGUGGGAGGAGCCUGAUAUAACUGCAACAUAAUCUGUAAUGAAGAAAUUAGUCUGUUGUAUAAUAAAGAUAAUAUCAGUCUUAUAAACUUAAUAAAAUAUAAAUACAGGAAGCACAAUGGAGCUCCCGUUCCUCCCGUAAUUCCAUCCUCACAUCCAUAUUACAUCUCCGAAAUAAUCCUCUACGUGUAUGAACGUUGUAAGUGGGCGGAGUCACGUGUAUUUGAAGUACUGUUCAUAAAAUAUUACCUUGCCAAGUUCAAUACGAAACCUCUGAACAAAAUGUACGGACAUCGCAAUGACGGCGGUAAAUGUAGAGGACUACAAAAGAAAGGAAGAUGGUGGCGGAUUACUGAGCAUGCUCAGUAGCCGCUGUUCUCUAUCAGCCAUGAGCGUGCUUUUCACUUGUUACCUUCACUAUAACGUAAAAGAUAUAUCCAUAAAACGUCCAAUGGAAUGAGUACAGUCACAUGACUACAACCCCGACCCUUCUACUUGUAUUCAAGCUUUGUGAAUAAAGCCGCGUACACACGAUCGGAAAUUCCGACAAGGAAACCGUGGAUUUUUU